AUGGCAUCGCUUCCAUCGUACCAGGAAGCCACCACUCGCGCUGACUGGCUAGAAAUCGCCGCCCCAUACACCCAGACUGCCGAUUAUCAUGCCCUCUGUCUGGUAAAUCGCCAUUUCUGGAACGUCUUUGCACCUCGGCUGUGGGUAGACGUUUUGCUCACCGUUCGCCGACGUGGAUUACAGCCAGAGGACGAUCUCGUAUGGUGGUUCGAUUUCACCUUUGUUAAACUCGGAAAAGUCCGCCCCUCCACCCGCGGCCUGGCCCGUAUCCUCGACCUUCGCCAUUUCGCGAAAGAGUGUUACCAGUUUGCCACGGACCAAAACGCCCGCUUUCUGCGCAGCCUUCACAUGGCUAUGAAGCUACUACCUCGAGUAAAUGUUCUCUUGCUUGACUAUCACACCGAGAUUGACCCAAACUCUCUCGUUGGCCUCACCGGGACGUAUUCCUCUCCCUUGCUUCUCAGCAUCUCGCAUUGCUCUACACAGCUUCCUAGUACAUUCUUUGCUUCAUCCUCGCUACAAAAACUGGUCUAUCUUGAUGUAUCCAAUCUGCCGGGUUCCUUAGCACCGCUACUCCAACCAUUGCUUUUUCCUGAUCUGCGAAUCUUGAAGCUUGCUGGGCGGGAACUGGACGACGCCACCUUGAUCGGCCUGGUUGAACAGUAUCGCUUGCGGCUUUGGAGCCUACACCUGGGCAAAAAUAGGCUCACCAAUUCUGUUGUGCCAACGUUGGUCGAGCGAUGCUUCCCCUCGUCGUCUCUACGGUCCCCUGCUCGAUUUCAAGUCGAGGGCAAGCUGUUCGCUUCCAAUCAUGGCACAGCUUCCUACGGCCCGUUCGAGUUCAUUGAGGAGUCCCGCUUCAGUGGUAGCUUUAGCAGCCCGGAGCGAUAUUUCUUGGACGCUCCCACAUACGAUGCGCAGCCAUACCUCUUGCACGGUCAACGCCAAGUUCUCCGCUCUGAUGGACGCGGCACCUUGCGCUCAGAUUCCGCCAAUGAAGCAGCUCGCAUCCUCUCGAAUCAGUCCGCAAACUAUGACGUUGAAGACACGUACCGUAACUCUAGAGGCGUCACACAUUUGGAUAUUUCGUAUAAUCAAAUCUCGGCUAGCGGCGUCGAGAGAUUAUUGCGGACAUCCAACGGACAACUCGAGCACUUUGCAUGCGAUUCAAUGCCUUUGGUGCCGCCUCGAAGCCCGGCUCUAGAUUUUUGGCCCAGUUAUACAUCACUGCACGGCAUCGUAGGAUCACCCCAUGUCUUCCGACCAGUGUACUCGUCUAAUCUACGGUCGUUGCGAAUACACCACUCGCUCGUCACCAAUAUUCCAACGCUAACUGCCGAUGGGUUGUCCUCUCUGGCCAGGUUGUAUCUGGCCGAGACAUCUGUUCUCUCUCGAAUCGACAAGGCCUAUCCACAGCGAUUUGUCCCCGACAUGAAUCCCCGUCUUGACUCACUGGCUUUGACGUGUGUGCCGCGGCGAUCAUCUGGACCAUUGGUCGAGCGCCUACUGAACUUUCUCCAACUUCUGUCCAUUCAGGAGCGAGGCAUUUCAGAUGCGACUGACACCAGCGGGUCAUCAUCUUGGCGCGAGCCAGGUGUGCUGCGUGGCUUGAGGCACCUUCGACUGGAGUUCGAGGCCGAUACUCUAGGCGAUGACACCACUGCAACCGAGGACCUGGAUGCUGAACAGCUCAUGAACAGCGGGGAGAAAGGUUUCAGUUUCUUUGAGGAUGAGAGUCAUCACUCUACGCGUUCUCGGCCAGACGCGAAGUCUCGCGCUGAGCGCCGCCUAGGGACUGACGGCGCCAACGCUACAGAUGUUAGUGCAGGGCAAGACAGAGAACUGGAUAAGACGGCCCGAGACAAUGGGGAGGUCACUACACACUGGGAUGAGUGGAAUGGAUGCAGCUUCAAGUUGCAAGUGUGGACUGGCCCGAUGCAGCCACAUAGCAACCCUAUCAUCAACGAGUAUCAUCGGCUGGUGCUAAACCAUCCCAGCUUGUGCGACGGCGUCGGGCCGGUUUCCCCAGCCCAAGUUCUUGCAGGCGUUCCCGAGCGGUCAUACAUUUUUCACACAGCGUGGCACGCAGCCCUCAUGCCGCCUGGCGAGCUAGCUCCCCCAGCGCUGCAGGACUUGACUGGAAUGCGAGAUGUUCUCGACGCUCUGAAGAAGGACCGCGCCACAGGACGCGCACAGUAUGAGGAUCUACUCCGUAAAAGGAAACAUGUUGCUUUGCCUGCUCCACUCGGCGCGCCACAUUUCUUCUGGACUGGGAACCUGGAGGUAUUGACGAAGCAGCACUGA